AUGUCCCUGCGAUCCUCUCGGGGCCUUUCACCCAUGCGAUCCCCGGAUCGCAACCCAGCAAAAUCACCUCCGGGAGAUCGCCGGCCACGAAGUGUUUCACGAAGCCCAACACCAGACCGUCAGCGUCGCACUGGGAGCAGAAGUCGAUCCGCAUCCCGAGGCCGAUCCCCUUCUCGUUCUCGCAGUCCUGCAAGAGGUGGGAGACGUUACAGGAGCGCAAGUUACAGUCGCUCUCCCAGCCCAAAUCAGAGUCCCCCACCGAGCGCCAAGAUUGUGGUUGAGAAGUUGACCAAGAAUGUCACGGAGAGCCACCUUCGUGAAAUAUUUGGCAGCUUCGGAGACAUCGAAUACCUCGACCUGCCCAUGAACAGAUCCUUUAUGACCAACCGUGGCACCGCCUACAUCCUCUACUACGACCCAGCCGAUGCCGAAGCAGCCAUCGCCCACAUGCACGAGGCCCAACUUGAUGGCGCGAUCCUGAACGUGUCAAUUGUACUCCCACGCCGAAACUUCUCACGCUCACCACCACCGGUAUCCAACAGAGGGAAUGGCGGGCGCUCCCGCUUUGGCAAAAGACCAUAUGGAGAUUCACCCCCCAGGAGACAAGGACGUGCGCGUCAAGCGGAACGGCGCGACACAUAUCGACCACCGUCUCUUUCAAGGUCGCGAUCACCAGUGCGGUCCCGAUCUUAUUCUCGGUCUCGUUCCCCUCCUCGCCGAGGUAGUCGACGCCCUGAGAGCCCGCGACAGCGCCGGCGACGGAGCCCCAGUUACAGUAGCUAUGGAUACAGCAGUCGCAGUGACAGAAGUCGGAGUCCAGUGAGGGAUCGGAGUCGGAAUCGGCAUUAGUUUGCGCAGCGGAUAACAGAUGUGGACGGAUGGGUUCUUGAAGUGAGCUUCAAAGGUGAUCUUACUUACAAUGAUCGUGCCACUGUCUGUUCAAUGAUAAUCAGGAAAUGACCAAAAAAUACAAACAUUGAACAAUUAAAAAUUCCCCUGUCUCGUAGGCCCACAGAACUCAAACUGGCUCUGACUCUAUGAUAAAUAUGAACUAGUACUGAUCAAAUACUAGGAA